AUGGCUCCUCGCCGGGCGCAUACCAAGUCUCGCAAUGGUUGCGACCAGUGCAAGCGCCGCCGGGUCAAGUGCGACGAAAAGGGCCCCCCUUGCUCCAAUUGUAUCUCGCGCGAACUCAACUGCACCUAUUUGAGAGCGCCUCCACGUGAUGCGCCCAGUGUCCGACGCAGUGCGCCGGUCCCGACCAGAGAUCUGGGGACGCCUCGGAUCCUGGCGCCUCUCAGCCCGGCCUCCACCCCGUCCGCCGUCUCCGGGGUACGGGAUCUGGAGUUGAUGCAUAAAUUCGCCACCGAGACCUUCCGCAGCCUGUGCACGGCCGAGCCCGAAUUCCACGUCUGGCAAAUUGUUAUCCCUCGCCUCGCCUUGCAGUAUGACUUUCUGAUGAAUGGAAUCUUGGCCUUGGCCUCGUUGCAUAUCGCCAAUACCGAUGAGGCUCCGACCUCCUUGGCCUAUAUCGACACGGCCCUCCAGUACCAUAAUCUCACCUUCGCGCCCUUUCGCUCCAUUGUCACGACCGUCAUUGGCAUCGCCUUGCCCAGAGUCACCGCUCCGCGUGAUGAGAACUCCAAUAUGACCGAGAAUAUUUUAAUCGUUUUUGAGCUGCUGCAGGGCAUCAAGAAAAUUGUCCACAUUGGUCGCCCGUGGAUUAAGCUCACCCUCUGGGCUCGUCAGCGGGAUCUUGGAGCCAUCGGUCCCACGGAGCUAGAUUCCGAGACCUCGGUCGCUAUGGACCGACUGGCGGCUCUCAAUGAUGAGGCUCUAGCCAAUAUCGACACGGACCAGUAUCACAUCAACAAAGAAGUCAUUGACCGUCUUCGCCACUGCUUCAUCUUGCACAUGAAUUCAGGAGACCCUGGCAAUGUGUUGGCCUGGUUGGCUGCGGUCGACAAGGGAUUUGUGGAUAAUGUACGACGUCGACAGCCCCUUGCUCUAUUGAUUCUGAUGCACUGGGGGGGCCUUAAUUUCGGAGUUGUUGCGAGUCUUGCAGCCCGGAAACGGUCGGUGGGCGGAGUCAUUGUUAUGGCCUCAGCUGAAACUGAACUUGUGACCCACGCCCUCUUCGGAGCAAGCAAGCACUCAAAGUGA